GUCCCCACCUGCAGGCCGGGCGCUCUCCUCGGAGCUCGGAUGGGCCGGGCGCUGUGGCCGCGGGAGCUGCCGGUUCUGGAGAGACUCUGGGAAUUCCCACGUCGGCCAAGCCAGCCCGACGCAGUCUUCGGCGAGGGAGGCGGCCCCGCGCGGGACCUGGGGAGCGACCCCGCAGCCCACCAUGAAGUUCCAGUACAAGGAGGACCACCCCUUCGAGUAUCGGAAAAAGGAAGGGGAGAAGAUCCGGAAGAAGUACCCGGACCGGGUCCCGGUCAUCGUGGAAAAGGCUCCUAAGGCCAGGGUGCCUGAUCUGGACAAGAGGAAGUACCUAGUGCCCUCCGACCUCACUGUUGGCCAGUUCUACUUCUUAAUCCGGAAGAGAAUCCACCUGAGACCUGAGGACGCCUUAUUCUUCUUUGUCAACAGUACCAUCCCUCCCACUAGUGCUACCAUGGGCCAGCUGUAUGAGGGCUUGGGUCCAGAGAUGAUGAAUGCGAGUGUUUCCUGAACUGUCAUCACAUCUCUCCUUCCAGGACAACCACGAGGAAGACUGUUUUCUGUACGUGGCCUACAGUGACGAGAGUGUCUAUGGAAAGUGAGUGGUGGAAGCCCAGCAGAUGGGAGCACCUGGACUUGUUGGGAGGGGAGGGAUGUGAGUGGGACUGGAGGGAGGAGAGGGAGGGCUCCCACCAUGGAGAAGACAGAGGCGAAGACCCUGGAAACCACGCUGCACACACUGUCGUCACAUUUUCACAUGCUCAGUUGAUGUUUUUUUUGCUGCUUCCUCGGCCCAGGGAGAAAGCAUGUUAGGACAGAACUGCUGGAUUGGCUUUGAUAGAGCGAUGAGGGUGCCUUAAGGUCAUGGCAUUGCCAAGAAUUAAGGUUUUUUGUCAUUUCAUAGGAGGUCGGAAGGUGGGCAGGUUAAAGCCAGGGGUGAAUGCAAUCCAGCAGCAAUUCCCAUCUCUUUGGGCAGAGAUUUGAGUUUUGACAUUCGUACAAGAUACGUAGGAAAGGGAACAGGAAUUCCUUAGGAAUUGUAGUGGACCGUACCCGGGGACCAAAAGACACCCAACAGUAACUGAAGCAUUGUAGCCUUUGAUCUCCCAUUUCUCCACUUCCUCCAUCCCCCGCUAGUCUCUUCUCAUAUGUGAAUGUCACCCUCCUACGCCGGAGGCGGUGGUAGAUAUCCAAACAGACAUUUAGACAGCUGUUUUAACUUUGGAAAACAGCAGUCCGAUGGAAGGUGAUUCUGAUUCGGAUUAGUUCUGAUUGCCUUAAACUGGAACUGACUGAGCGUUGUGCUUCUGUCUUAACCUGCUCUCUCUCUGGUGCCCCCUCUCCCAAACCUACUUUGGAGUUUCUUGAACCUUGGGCACUUUCAGUUGCAGGCUAAAGCCACUCCUUUCGUGUUGCCUUUAGCAGUUUCGUUGUACAGGGACAGAGGUGUCGUGGAAGGGGCAGGAAUGAGGUGAGGUAGAUUAUGUAUACUUGCCAUGCAUCCAGGAUUCUGGCUUCCUGGCUGUCGUCCCUCAGUCUCAUGUGCACAGGAUGCUAAGCAAUGGCCAGCUGCUUCCCUCCUCUGGUUUUGAUCCACGGCAGCUGCUAAUUAGAAAUGUUUAGAGGGAUGACUGAGUAGUUCACGGGGGUUUUAUUGGUUUCUUUUUGUUUUGGAGGCUGAGGAGUGGGGUGGGGAGCAGAAACUGCACUCAGACGUGACAUUUCAUCUCUGCUAAUAAAAAGGAUCCUUCCUGUGGGGGAAAUCCACGUGUCUGUCCUGUCAGCUUCAGGUUCUUGUAUAAUGAAGUCAAUCUUAUCAGGCCAAGGAAAUAAAAUAAUUGCUUACUGUAAAAAUCAA